UUCACAGCUGAGACCCUCAUUUAAUGAUAUUCUACCUGGGCUGCCCUUGCGGAAUACUUGUUGUAAAGUGUCAUAAAUUAAUUUGACGUUCCUAUUUGGAAUACAUUUAAGCGCAGACGAGACGUUAGGACCGGUCAUUAUAGUGAUGGCAUCGGAGGACACGUUUAAGGUGACUUCACUGAAAGACAAAGUGACCCUCAUCACCGGUGCCAGCUCAGGAAUUGGGGCAGCAACAGCCGUAUUGUUUGCCAAACUUGGUGCUCAGCUUGCAUUAAACGGCCGUGAUGUGGAAAAUCUGAAGAAAAUAGCUGGACAAUGCACUGACUGUGGCGCUCCCCAGCCCUUGCUUGUUCCUGGUGACCUGACUGAUGAGGAGACUGUGAGGAACACUGUCGACCAAACUCUUGCCCAUUUUGGCAGACUUGAUGUCCUAGUUAAUAGUGCAGGAAUCCUGGCCAUGGGCGGUAUUGAAACGGCUGAUUUGGCACAGUAUGAUAAGGUCAUGGAUGUCAAUGUCAGGUCUGUGUUCCACCUGACUCACCUCUGUGUGCCUCAUUUAAUUAAGACACGAGGCUCGAUCGUCAAUGUUUCAAGUGUCAACGGCCAGAGAUCGUUUCCUGGUGUCCUUGCCUACUGUAUGUCUAAAUCAGCCAUUGACCAGUUCACUCGCUGCACAGCACUCGAACUGGCUGAAAAGCAAGUGCGGGUCAAUUCUGUCUGCCCAGGAGUGAUUAUAACUGAAGUUCACAAACGGGCUGGUUUGAAUGAAGAGGAAUAUGCAAAGUUCCUAGAGAAGUGCAAGGUGACCCAUGCCCUGGGACGACCAGGGGAGGCGGAUGAAGUUGCUCACUCCAUUGCUUUCCUGGCGUCAGAUGCUGCGACCUUCAUCACAGGGGUCAACCUUCCUGUGGAUGGGGGUCGGCAUGCCAUGUGUCCAAGAUGAAGGGCUCCUCGCCUAGAGCUGAUCUGGUCUGGUCCAACUGAAAUGGUCUGUUUGAUUUGCUCUCCAACAGGUGAAAAUAAAAUGUGAUUUUGAAGUG